AACGCGUGGGCUCGACGUCGCUGAAGGUCUCCAGGCUUAGGAGAGGUGGGUUCUGCAGUAGCUAGAGUAGCGAGUAUGGCGUGUACGGCUGUGGCAGCGACACGACUUGGACUCGGCCUGUGGGGCGCCAGAACCAUGCAGGCCCGGGGCUACAACUUGGACUACCCCCGCCAGUUCAGCAGCAGCCCUGUAGACGAGGUCAGCGGCGGUGCCGGUGCCAUCCGGGACGCCGGCGGGGCCUUCGGCAAGAGGGAAAAGGCCGAGGAGGACCGGUACUUCCGAGAGAAGAGCCGAGAGCAGCUGGCUUCCCUGAGGAAACACCAUCAGGAAGAAAUUACGCACCAUGAGAAGGAGAUACAACGCCUCCAGAAAGAAAUUGAGCGUCAUAAGAACAAGAUUAGAAAGCUGAAAGAAGAUGAUGAUUAAGCUGAGUUUCUUGUUCAGUGAUCAGUCUUAAUCUACAUAUGGAAUCAUUGUCCACCUCUUGUGUGCCCAAUGUGACAUACUCUCUGGUUUGAUGUACUUUGUGCUGUGUAUUGCAACUAAAUGGUAAUAAACUAUGGUCACUGA